AUGAAGCUUGGUCUCACUCUCGCCUUUGUGGUCCGAGCAUCUCUCAUUUCUAUGACCUUCGUCGCCGCAGCACCUGCCCCAACAGCUAGCCCAGCCGUUCUCCUCCCUCCCGCUAAGUUCUCCAUCAAGAUCGUCAAGCCAACCGUCCACGGCAUCCAAUCCUUGGGCUAUAUCUCCCUUUCCUCUUCUCCCUCACAAGGCUCCUUGGUUCACAUUGGCUCCAAUGCAUCUCCCUUCUACUUCAAGCAGAAAAUAGCGGAUGGGCAAGGCAUCGUAUUCUCAACCCCUGAUUUCUUCACUCCUUCGUCCUUCGCUCUCUCGUACAACACGAACCACACGCUCCCGCAGUCAAAAGUCUACCUCUCGAAUUUGCUGGAUAAUGGGGCGGGCGGGUUAAUAGUGGUUGAUAUGGAGGCCGCAAGAAUGUUUGGUGAUAGUAAAGAUUUGUAUUUCAAAGGGGUUGGGAAUGGAUUGGGUGGGACGCCACAAUUCGCCCCGGUGGUGUUCUCCAUUGACCAGGAGAGAGCAGAGUUGUGGGCCCAGAGACAAGGGCUGUACUUGUCAGACUUAGCAACAGGUGCGGGUAUACCCGGUACUAUAACAGGUCACGGGGAGUGCCUAGCCUUUGCCGUUUCUGGCAUUGGUAGCUGCCCGUCAUAA